ACCUCCUCUGCUGUCAUCACCAACCCAGUCAUUCUUUUCUUUCUUUCUGUUAACUUAUACUUUCACUCUUUCAGUCGUUCUUUUAUUCUUUUACCAUGCAGCAGCGCAGUGCGCUCCUUUUGGCCCUGGCGCCUCUGGCGCUGGCCUGUGAGAGCCCCGAAAACCAUGCUUGUGCCUCCAUCUACUCUGUUUCCUCCGUGGCUGCAGCCAGCUUCUGCGCCACCUUCACCGCCAGCGCGGUGAGCGAAACGACCGGCGUGCCGGCCGCCUUCCUGUCGGCCUGUGACUACAAGACCAAGCACCUGUCCAGCGCCUGCAGCUGUCUGGGCACUGUCACCGGGGCUGCCGCGGCCGCCACCAGUGUGAGCACCACAGCCCCCGUCGUCGUCGCCACCUCCACGACCGCCGCCGCCGCCUCCACCUUCCAGACCUCCUCGAAGGUGGCCUCGACCAGCCAAGCGGCAUCCACCACGCUGGCCCCCGUCACCACCGAGGUCGCCGUGGCGGCCACCUCGGCCGUCGGCAACGGCGGCACGACCUGCACGGUGACCGAGUACGCGUCGAUCUCGUCGGCAGUGGCCUCGUGCUCCAACAUCCUGCUGUCGGGCGUCAGCGCCCCGGCGUCCAGCACGAUCGACCUGACCGGGCUGCAGACGGGCGCGGCCGUGAUCUUCGCCGGUGAAACCACCUUCGGCGACACCUACGACAGCGACUUCGACCCCAUCGUGAUCUCCGGUACGGACCUGACCAUCACGGGCGCGGAGGGCCACGUCAUCGACGGUAACGGCCAAGCCUACUGGGACGGCGAGGGUUCCAACGGCGGACAAGACAAACCCGACCACUUCAUCGUCCUCAAGAAAAUCUACAACAGCACAAUCAGCAACCUCUACAUCCAAAACUGGCCCGUGCACUGCUUCGACGUCGAAUCCAGCGAAGGCCUCACCCUCACCGGCAUCACCCUCAACAACACCGCCGGCGACUCGCCCAACAGCCUGAGCGGCGACGACCCCGCCGCACACAACAGCGACGGCUUCGACAUCAAAUCCUCGACGGAUCUGACUCUAACCAACAGCUGGGUGCACAACCAAGACGACUGCGUCGCCAUCACCUCGGGCACCAACAUCCUCGUCGACAACCUGUACUGCUACGGGGGCCACGGCCUAAGCAUCGGCUCCAUCGGCGGCAAGUCCGACAACACGGUCGACGGGGUGACGUUCAGCAACUCGCAGGUCGUGGACUCCGAGAACGGGUGCCGCAUCAAGACGAACUCCGGGGAGACCGGCGAGGUGUACAACAUCCGGUACGAGAAUAUCACCCUCUCCGGCAUCACGGACUACGGCAUCGAUGUGCAGCAGGAUUAUUUGAAUGGCGGGCCCACCGGGGAGCCGACGAAUGGGGUCUUGAUUGAGAAUGUGACGUUUGUGGAUGUCACGGGCACGAUGAGUGACGGCAAGGAUUAUUAUAUUCUCUGUGGGGAUGGGAGCUGUGAGAAUUUCACGUUCGAGGGGGUUAGUAUUACCGGGGGUAGUGGGGAUAGUUGUAAUUAUCCGGAUAGUGGGUGUCCUUAAGUAGCCUGGGGUUGAGGAGGGGGGAGGUGGUCAGGGGUG